AUGGCGAGGCUGCGGCGGGGGUGGUGGGCACGACGAUUCGGCGUAGGAGCUGCAGUAGGGGCCACAGCUUUGGUCCUUGUGGGAGAUCCUGCAAACCAACUUGUCUCCGCCGCUGCUCCCUCCGUUCUUCUGCCGCCAGAGUUCCGCGCGUGGCACAACAACCGGGGAACGACGGGCGAAGAGAGUGCAGGAACGCAGGCAACACGGCCUGAUGAACAUCAGCGUGGAGUUGAUAAUGAAGACCCAAGCAGGGCUAGAAGGAAGGAACGCAAACGAAGCAGCGCGAAAAUUCCUUCUAAUCCAGGUCGGUCAUCAGCAACUGAAGUAGACCAUGAGGAACAGAAAAAUCUCCGCUCGGGGACCACGACGCCACCGCACGGUGCAGCUCCAGAAGCAGGUGGGAAAAUAAAUAAAGCCGCACCAGCACGUGAAGAACAAGGGAGCAAUCAUCUCUCGUCGGCGAAGAGGGAUAAACAACUCGUUCGCACGAGAAACAAGCCCCCUCAACGGCCGAAUAGGACGGUCAGCACGACCCGUCCUGCUGCGACCUCCGUGCAACCGAAAUCUUCAAAAAUCGCAGAUGCGCAUAAAAAAUCGCCGCAGAACAUCAACGGGUCGAAAUCAAGAAGGAUUUCCGCUGCCAAAAACCUCCCCCUCGCCCGCGCCUUGCUGAAGAGCGGUAGAAGUGACGAGAACCAGGGAGAUGCUGGUGUUGUCAGGCAUGAGGAGAGUUCUCUCGUCCGCGCGAUGCCAGCGGCACGGGCGGACCGGAAGCAGAAGAAUCGGUUGGAGCCGAAAUCGCUCAUGCAGACGGGAACCGGCAGCGACGUCGAGUGGACGGUUAUGGAACCGAAAAUUAAUUAUGGGUUUUGUUGUAGUGGUGCUACGCGCCGUAAGUGCUUCGGGGCGAAAGAUCCCCGCGCGCUAAGUACUUCGCUCCUUAAGUGCCUCGCCCCUUAGGUGCUUCGCACUUAAAGUGCUUCGCCCAUUAAGUGCCUCGCUCCUUAAGUGUUUCGCGCCUUAAGUGCUUCGCUCCUUAAGUGCUUCAGUGUUUCGCGCCUUAAGUGCUUCGCGCCUUAAGUGCUUCGCGCCUUAAGUGCUUCGCUCCUUAAGUGCUUCGCCCCUUAAGUGCUUCGCCCCUUAAGUGCUUCGCCCCUUAAGUGCUUCGCCCCUUAAGUGCUUCGGCGAUGAAGACCCUCCCCCCUAAAGUAAUUCGCUCCUGCUUAAGUCUUUCGCUUAGGUGCUUACGUAGUGCUUCCUGCAAGUAGCGUUUCGCGUAGGUGGUUCCUCCCUCAAGUGGUGCGCCGCUUCUGUACUGCUUCGCUCAAGUAGUGCCCUGUUUGAGUACUUGCUCGCCCAGCUGGUGCUCCGCUUGCGUACUGCUUCACUUGAGGGCUUCGCUUACGUGCUUCGCCUGGGUGCUUCGCUUAAGUGCUUCGCCUGAGUAAGUGCUUCGCUUAAGUGCUUUGCUCAAUCGCGCCCCUGAGAAGCGUCGCCCGACAAGUGGUUCGUCGCUUAAGUAGUGCGUCGCUUAAAUAGUGCGUCGCUUAAAUAGUGCGUCGCUUAGCUGGUGCGUCGAUCAAGUAGUGCCCCGCUUAAUUAGCGCGUCGCUUAAGUAGUGCCCCUCUUAAUUAGCGCGUCGCUUAAGUAGUGCGUCGCUUAAGUAGUGCCCCGCUUAAGUAGUGCGUCGCUUAAGUAGUGCGUCGCUUAAGUAGUGCGUCGCUUAAGUAAUGCGUCGCUUAAGUAGUGCGAGUGCCACCUCGCCUCAGUAGUACUGCCUCGCCUAGCUGCGCGUCGCAGAUGUGGCGCCCCGCGUAAAUGGUUCGCUUCAGUGCCUUUCUCAAGUGCUCUGUCUAUGGCGUUCGAAAUUCGGUGCUUCGCUUUUUUGCCGAAGACGACAACAACCUUAAUUUUCCCUUCCACAACCGUCACCAACCUCGCGUCUCGUGGUCGCAUCCAGCGGUUGAAUAGCGACAUCUCGCAGGAGAGGCAAUCCGCAGAAGAAAGCGACCGGGAGUGCCGCGCGGAGCAGCAGAGCAUGCAGUCGGAGGUCAUGGAAAUGCAGAACAGCCUUGGCGAGAUAUCAUUUCUAAAAACGUCCCCACUACAUAGUUGUCAUGCAAAUCUGCAUGCUCAAAAUGUUUCUCAUGCGGAGCCCCAUGACAAGCAUUUUCUAGGCGCGUUUUGGAAUUUGUAGUGCUCCAAUCAGCAUAAUAGGCUAGAUCUGUGAUGCUGCUGAACAGGCUAAACAGGAUUACACUACGAGGCCAAGCUUGUCAUGCGCAACACCCAAAGCUGACAGAUUUGUCUAGCAGAUUUUCCAUCUUGGCUAUGGGGUAGGUACGUUUUUGCUCAGGAUGCGAGAUCAUGAUCCAGUUGGCCGACGAAGAGGCGAAGCAGGGAAAAGCCCAGGGCAACAAGAUAAGUAAGUGGCUUACCACAGUGAGGUUAAGGUGCGGGAGGACUGGCUACUUUGUGAUCAUGCACUUACUUUUACACUUCUACUUCCACCCUGAAGAACCUAUUGGCUUUGAAGAGUUCUUUGUGUGAUGUUGCUCGCUCUUGCACAGAUAGAUUCAAGCGUAUAAUAUCUGUCCCCACCUAAAUCCUUUUUCUUUCCACACGAUACGAUGACGCGCACCAGAACAACGCGGACCCGUCGAGUACGAGUGAAGCGUCCGAGAAAUGCAACAUCGCCGGCGUGCGGGAAAAGCUGCGGCUCGCGGAGAGGCAGUUGGACGAGAAUCGGAAAGAGGAGAAGCGGCUCGAGGCGGUUUGCAGUGCGGAAAAGCAACACGCCGACGAUCAGACGGCGCUGCUGGAGAAGAGUUCCGGGUCUGCUGGUCUAAUAUCCUCCGGUGCACGACGUCGUCAUUCAACACAGGAUCGCUAUUUCUCCAAACGUGUACGAGCGAAGACGAAAUCAGGUGGAAUGACCGAGAUGACCGGUCGUGGAAGAUUUCGCCGCCGUCAGCAUCUCCUCGGGUUCUUGCGCAGGAAAGGGAGUUCGUUUCACUAUGGACGACUGCACGGUCGCGCGAAAGGUUUCUCCGGAGCAGGAACCGGUGCGGAGCUGCAGGCGUCAGAGGAGCAGCAGCUGCACGGAAAAGAGCACCGUAUUAAUCAUCAUCGAGAACAGUCUGUGACGACUCUUCCUUCGCCGAGAAGGGCACGGCACGCAGAGAAGACGGUGGAAAAUGUGGUCGUGCUUGGUGAAAACAAUAUGUACAACCCGAGUUUCGUCCCAACGAUCACAGAUACAACACCGAAAAGAAGUAGUAAUAAAAGUCCUUUAACAAGAAGUGCGACAACCGCGACAAAUGACCCCUGGUACCAGCGGCUACCCCACCUCGCCCAGGGCUUCACGAGGCUCCUGGAAACCUCCGGACUGUACUUUCUUCAAACCAACGGCGGAAGGAGCGAGAAAGAGCACCAAGGACGGCGUCGCCUUCAUACAAUAGAGCGUCGCAACGAACAUGAAGAAAAGAUGAACCACGACCACACCACUAGUACCUGCAGUGACACCAUCCUGCAGGACCUCCGCGCAGCGAUUUCGCAACUGGAAGCGGAAACGGAGGACCACCGGCAGGCCGUCGCGAAGGGGGAGGAGGAGUGCAAAACGGAGAAGUCGAUUGAAAAUGACGAAGCAGACGAAAAGCGCGAACAGGUCAGCGCAAACGAGCAGCAAAUCGCCACCGCGGAGACGAAGACGCAGCAGUUAGUGAAUAAGAGAGACACGAUCCUCGACGAUUUGAAGUCGACAGCGGAAGGGUUGAAGAAUUCCCGGAAGACGUGCAAGAAAAAGGCGGAGGAAUCUGCGGCAUUAAUCGAGAAGUUGACCGAAGAGCGGAACCAAUGUCUCCAAAACGCGGCGUUGACCGUCGCGGAGCAGAAACCGGUGCCGAAGGAGAAGUUAGUAAUCCACGACUGCGAAGUUUCCGGUUGGUCGGACGCUUUGAAGGUCGAAUUUUGCGAAUGCACGGAGGCGGACUAUCGAGUGAAAAAAACCAAACACUACCCGGCGAAGCGACAAAUCACCGUCCACCCAACGGCAACCUACGGCGUUGCCUGCCCGGUCUUAACCGAGAACCGGGACUGCGGCAACGGGCCCUGUUUAAGACCGGUGGACUGCAAGUUGUCCGAUUGGACGCCGUGGGACAGCUGCUCCGUAGAUUGCGGGGGCGGGGUCAAAUCCCGGUCCCGGGAAGUCGUCCGCGAGCCGGAGCACGGCGGUGCGGAUUGCGUCGGGGUCUUAUCCGAACAAGACCAGUGCAACUUGCAAGCGUGCGAACCGGCGACGGUCGAUAGUGCAGCAGCUUCACCCGAUUCUUCUACUUCCGAGCCGGACGCGGCCGCGCCGGCGGAGCCAGAGCCUGUGGCGGUGGUCGAGCCCCCGCAGACCCCGCCUACUUCCCCCAGUUCGUCCAAGAGCGCUGCAACACCAGCACCAGCAGGCGGGAAGGCUGGUAACGCCGCUGCUCGGAGCAGAACCGCUGGUGGAGGAGGUGGUCGUGGGGGUCGGGCCGGCGGCGGCGGUCGCGGCAGAGGAGGCGGUGGAGGUUCCGCGGGCGGCGCGAUUCCCUGUCCGCUGUCCACCUGGUCGAAGUAUUCCACCUGCUCGCAGUCUAUCAAAUGCAAAAGUGUCUGGGUCUGGAAGAGUGCGCGACUUGUCAUGCAGAUUUUCCAUGAUCCAUGUCAGCUGGAAUGCAGGACCUAGCAUGACAGAUUCUGUGGGAUGAUCCCUAUCGUGCCUACCCUGCAUGAGAAACUUCCUCUCAACUUCGUCAAAAAUGGACAACUUUUGGCAUUUAUGCAACGCAGAUUUUUGCAUGAUCCAGAAUUAGCAUUAGAAGUUGCAACCUUCCAGACCCAGGCACAUUUGCCUUUGAUACAAUCCUGCAUGGUCCAAAACAGCAAAGUGAAGCCGUAUCAAGAGUCGAGGAAGACCUGGAUUGGGUUUAAAACCCUCUUGGAACAAGCACGCGAAACUACAGCUACCUAUGCCCCGUUCUCCGGCGUUUUGACGCCCGAAGCAGCGACAAAGCUGCCGUCCUUCUGCAAAGCGGUCGAUUGGAACGGAAAGCAAGCCGUGGAGUUAAAGGACUGUAACGAGGACAACCUCUGCCCGAAAGACGUUGCCUGUGCCGCGAGCGUUGCCGAGAAUGCGGGCGACGUGCUGCUCAUUCUGGAUGGGACGGGAAAGGGGGAAAGCGAAAUCGCGGCGCAGCGGAAAAUCGCGAAACUUUUCGUCCAAAAACUGUUGAAUAAAAGGAAUCCAACUGUGAAAACGAAUCUCUUGCAGCUGGAUGACGCGGACUUUGCCUCUAGUGAAAUUGCCGAACAAACACCGACUCCUUCUGAGGACGACUACAACCUAGAAAAGCAGGUUCGGGUCGGCGUGUUGCAGUUCACGAAGGCCGGAACUAGCGUUUUAAACGGGCCAGAAGCGGUAGUGACCAGUGAUGCGGAAAACAUUUCAUCGGCUUUCGACACUAGUAAUACAACAGGUGGCGGUGCCAACUGGACCUUCUACGGCAUAUCAAAUGCAAAAAUGUCUGGGUCUGGAAGAUUCUGAGAUUUGUCAUGCAUGUUUUGCAUGACCCAGGAUGUCUGUAAUGCACGACCUAGCAUCUCAUAUUUUUAGAGGGCUUCCUGAUGCCUACUCCGCAUGACAAACGCCCUCCCCGCGUAGCACCAACUAGACUCCUCUUGCUGGUCAUACAAUACAGAUUUUUUUAGAGUCCAAAGUUAGCAUCACAAGUUCCACUCUUCCAGAGCCAGACACUUUUGCAUUUGAUACGGCACUGCGCCUAACCAGAAGGACGCGCCGGGGAGUUUCGCAGUGACGCUGGCGGAGGAAGUGCUGACGCAUUUCUACGCUGUGGGAUUCGCGAAUGCUACGAAAGACGUGGGCGACACGGAGAAAGAAAAGGCGGCGGAAUUACCGUAUUAUUUUAAUCUAGAGUUCAGUUUCCUAUUGCAGUAUGCGGUUGGUCACAGGUAAAAAUGAGAUUGUAUGUGCAUGUUUAUAUGCUGUCCACUGCAAAUGAACUACCUUUGAUAAAAUCACAGCGCAAUGCAAGCUGUCCCGAAGCUGGUAGAGAACGCGACAAAAUCCGUUCGUGCGGUGGAAACCGCCCGACGGAAUUUGGAUAACUCCAACUCGGGUCAGGAAUCUUUUGCGAAGCUCUUUUCCGCAGAAUACGGCGGGUCCGCGAUCAGCACAGCUUCGCUCUUCUUGCAGGAGAAGACCGUGAACAACCGGCGGCGACAUCGACUGUUGUAUUUGCUGAAGAAUAAGCUUCGGUUGCGGCAAUCGCACAAGAGCAGGAGGAACAAGUUAAAUACAGUGCGCAGAACAAAUAAGCAAGAGAUGAAGUGGUGGUCCAAGCAGAAGCACAAGACCCUCAGCAUGAUGGUCAGCAAAAUGAAAAACGCAACUAGCAACACGACCGAAGUCGUAGGAGCGAACCAAACGCAGAAAAUCAAGCCGUCUGCAGCUCCUGCAAUAGAACCUCCGAAGGUCCGCCGCAAAACGAUCAUUCUCUUCCUUUCCGAGCAGCCGAGCGGUGUUGCGAAGCUGACAAAGUCUCUGCAACAGCUGAAGCAAAAGGGCUUCCGGGUUUUGAUCCUGCACAAGAAGCACGAGCGCCCAACGGCUCCCUUCGAAGCGGAUCGGGAGGACGCCAAUUUAGGGACGACGGUGGACGGGCUGCACACGUCAGAAUUUGCGCAUUUUGAUGCCGGGGAUGCGGGGAUGCUGAACAACGUAGAUGACGAUUACAACGCCGGAUUACUGCCGUACCUGUUUCUGCAGCAAGGUACGACGAGUGCAACAUCAUCAAAAGCGACCGCUACUUCCGCGUCGGCAGAUUUAAUAUUUUCCAGAAGAACAUCCGCGGCCUCUUCAGGUUUCCUGUGCAAGUCCGCGUCUUUUCCUUGUGCCAGUAACACGGCUCAGGUCAAGAGUUGGGAGGACGCGUUACUGAAGCCACAAGUCGUCCAGCAGCUAGUCGCGGGAGCGUGUCCGAUUUUGGUGUGAUAAAAUGGCCUCGUCUGCAUGAACUUGGAGGUUUGUUGUUUUUUCCCAAGAUAAGGUCCUUUUCUUUUCCAUAGAAUCCACU